AUGAAAUGCGGCUUAUAUGAUCUUCAUGGUCUCAUGGAUAUGGUAAUUGGAACGAUACACUCUAUACGAGAUAGUGUUAUUAAUAUAUCGGAGACGUUCAGUACGGAAUCGCCGUCUAUGGCGCAAAAUACGACGAUUAUUCCGACCGUCGAGCUUGUUCUUGGCACCAUCACCUAUUUGGUAAUCAUAAUGAUGACAGUGGUGGGUAACACGUUGGUCGUCGUUGCGGUGUUCAGCUAUAGACCACUCAAAAAAGUUCAAAAUUACUUUCUCGUCUCAUUAGCCGCAUCUGAUCUCGCUGUGGCCAUAUUCGUUAUGCCACUUCACGUGGUGAAGUUUUUGGCAGAUGGUCGAUGGCUACUGGGGAUUCCAAUCUGCCAGCUGUUUACCACAGCCGAUAUCCUCUUAUGUACAUCAUCUAUACUGAACUUAUGCGCUAUAGCUAUCGACAGAUACUGCGCCAUACACGACCCAAUAAACUACGCUCAAAAGCGAACGUUACGUUUUGUGUGCUGUGUGAUUAUUACGGUAUGGGUGCUAUCCGUGAUAAUAUCAGUGCCUCCAUUGAUUGGAUGGAACGAUUGGUCAUCGCAGAAACUUCGAGAUCAUUGCGAACUCUCCUCAGAGAGAUUCCAUCCAGUUUCCAGUUCACAUUUUGAGCAGUCGCCCAUUUAUGCAAUAGUUCAAAAACUGCCAUAA